AUGCUUAAAGUACACGAAUUCUUUUCAAUUGCCACUCAAUUAGCUUACAAUGCGGCAAUAAUUAUUAAUCAAGUCCGAUUAUCAGCUGAUAUUGGCCAGAAAUGGAAAGGCAUCGAUGAUCCAGUCACUAUUGCUGAUGUCAAAGCCUAAACCUAUAUUGUGUAGCAAUUGCAUAAGCAUUGGCCAUAAUUAAAGAUUGUUGGAGAAGAAUCCACUGUCUAUGAAUAGCAAAUUGAUAUGCCUGAUACUUUUCACAAUCUCUAUACAGAGGAUAUUUUCAGCAAAACACCCAGUAAUCUAAAGGUUAGAACUCAAUAUGAAAUAGAAGAUCUAUGUGUUUGGGUUGAUCCUUUGGAUGGCACUCUUGAUUUUGUUUAGGGUGACUUUGAUUGUGUUACCACCUUGAUUGGUCUCUCAUAUAAAAAGUAAGCUUUAAUGGGCAUCAUUUCCCAACCAUUUGUUAAGGUUGCUGAUAAACAGUAUGAAUUCAAACCCAAGAUAUAUUUUGGGCACCAUCCUCAAAGAAGGGUGUUCUAUACCUAUGACACUCAAUCGUUGAUUCCCUUUGAACUCUUGAAACCAUAAUAUGAUCCUUCCAACCUCACUUUGUGCAUAUCAAAAAACAGAUUAAAUGAAGAAACAUUAUAAAAAAUCUAAUCUCUCGGGUGUCCUCUCCUACAAAUGGGAGGUUCUGGCAAGAAGAGUCUUUCAAUCUUAGAAGGUAAGGGAGAUUUGUAUCUUUAUAUUGGAAGUAAAACCAGCAAAUGGGAUAUCUGUGCACCUGAUGCUCUAAUUCAAGCAUUUGGAGGUCGUUUUGUAGGAUUAGAGGGAUAAAUUUAUAAUUAUAACCAUGAAGAUAAAAAUUAUAAUAAUCCAUAUGGCCUUUUAGCGAGUAUUCACAGUGAUCUAGUGGACAAAUUCCUGCCAAGAACCACUGGAAUGUUAUGAUAGUAUAUCAAUAUCAAUAAACAAAAUAUUUGUGUAUUAUAGAAAUUAACUA